GCACAAGCACUGAAUCGAGCUGCUGGGAGCUUCUUCUACUCCAUAGCUUCUCGUCCACAGCAGAGCUACCGGGCCUAACCAACCCCCUCUCGCCUCCCCCCGGUCUACAACCUUCUCCAAUCUCUAUCAUAGCCCCGGUCACCUCGGCCAAUGCAGCAAGGAUGACCUCGGCGAUCACCAAGGCGGCCUUCCCCCCGCCGCUGCUCCGGCGCAGCUUCGGUCUCCUCCAGUCACGCAACUUCCAAACCACAUCAAGAGGCCUCCUCGCCACCGGCUUCGGCAGCGGCUCGUCCUCGGUCCUGCCGUCCUACUUCCAGAAGCCCUCCCUCCCCGCCAACACCGUCGUCCGCUUCGUCCCGCAACAAACGGCAUGGAUCGUCGAGCGCAUGGGCAAGUUCAACCGCAUCCUGGAGCCGGGCCUCGCCAUCCUCGUGCCGUUCCUGGACCGUAUUGCCUACGUCAAGUCGCUCAAGGAGGCGGCCAUUGAGAUCCCGAGCCAGAGCGCCAUUACCGCCGACAAUGUCACUCUCGAGCUCGAUGGUGUGCUUUAUACCCGCGUGUUUGAUGCUUACAAGGCGAGCUACGGAGUCGAAGACGCCGAAUACGCCAUCUCCCAACUCGCCCAGACAACCAUGCGCUCCGAAAUCGGCCAACUGUCCCUCGACCACGUCCUCAAGGAGCGCGCCGCCCUCAACACCAACAUCACCGCCGCCAUCAACGAAGCCGCCCAAGCCUGGGGCGUGACCUGCCUGCGCUACGAGAUCCGCGACAUCCACGCCCCCGCCGGCGUCGUCGAGGCCAUGCACCGCCAAGUCACCGCCGAGCGGUCCAAGCGCGCCGAGAUCCUCGACUCCGAGGGCCAGCGCCAGUCGGCCAUCAACAUCGCCGAGGGCAGGAAGCAGAGCGUGAUCCUGGCCUCCGAGGCCCUCAAGGCCGAGAAGAUCAACCGCGCCGCCGGCGAGGCCGAGGCCAUCCUCCUACGCGCCCGCGCUACCGCCUCCGGCAUCGAUGCCGUCGCUCGCAGCAUUGCCGCCGGGGAGGACGCUGCGCAGAGCGCCGUGAGCCUUUCCGUGGCGGAGAAGUAUGUCGAUGCUUUCUCUAACCUUGCGAAGGAGAGCACGGCUGUCGUGGUGCCUGGCAAUGUGGGCGAUAUUGGCGGCAUGAUUGCUACUGGCCUUGGCGUCUUUGGCAAGGUCAGCGAGGCGCAGGCCAGGGCUGCGGCUAAGAGGAUCGUUCAGGGACAGCACCGGGAUGGCGAGGGUGCGAAUGCCGCCAUCGCUGAGAAGGAGGAUGGGAGCGGUGAGGCCGAACACUUGAAGGAGACUGUUUUGGAGAGCUUUGACAAGGCGGCCGAGGACAAAUAAGAACUCACCCAAAGAAGGGGCAAUAUCCGAAAGUUUAUAUGGCUUUACAAGCUAUGGGACAUAUAAUCCCAAGCCAGGCUGUCAAAAUGAGGCGGUCAACGAAGGUUGAGGGCGAAGGAACAGAAAUAGUGAUUGUAUCAACAGAUUCUGUACAUUACUUACUCGGUACAACCCCCAUUACCUCGUUUCAACGAGAGAUCUCUAUUUGCACAUCACUUUAACAUGUUUGUGUUGCAAGUAGGCCGGUGACCGUCCAUACAUUCGUUUGUCUAUAAUGUAGGUGAAU